GCUGUCAAUAUGGAACCUGUAUCAUUCGAGGAUAUUAAAAGGCAUAAUCCACAAAUCAAACCGGGUGGCAGAUUCCAUCCUCUGGAUUGUAAGUCCCGUCAGCGAGUGGCCAUCAUUGUUCCCUAUCGCGACCGAGAGCACCACCUCAAGGUCCUCCUCAACAACCUUCACCCCAUUCUGCAACGGCAGCAACUAGACUACGGGAUCUUCGUCAUAGAAAUGGCAAUGCCAACCACCUUCAACAGAGCCAUCUUGAUGAACAUAGGCUUCAAGGAGGCAUUAAAGGACUAUGAUUUCCAGUGCUUUAUAUUCCAAGACGUCGAUCAUAUCCCAGAAAACGACAAAAACCUGUACAACUGUCACAAUUCCCCAAGUCAUCUGGCCGUUUCUGUCGACAAGAAUAAUUACAAGCUUCCGUACCCAUCUGCGUUCGGAGGGGUUGUAUCACUGACGAAGGAUCAAAUGAUCAAAGUGAACGGUUGGUCGAAUUUGUACUUCGGAUGGGGCUGCGAGGAUGAUGAUAUAUAUAGGAGAGUUCAUCUACAUGGUAUGAAAGUGUCACGUGGGCCAGCAGAGAUUGGUCGAUAUAAGAUGGUGAAACAUAAACGAGAUCCAACCAACCAUGUGAACAAGGACAGAGGAAACCUGUUGAAAGGAGUAAGAACAAGAAUGACAAAAGAUGGGUUAAAUUCACUGACGUAUGAACUUCUUAAAAGAGAAACUAGGCCAUUAUAUGCUUACAUUUAUGUACGCAUACCUGUUCCAGGGGACAUGAAGAGUCACCAGUGAUGGAAUGCUGGGGAACAUUGACUGAAGACGCCAGGCAACCUGAAUGCACCUAUAGCAAGAACAUUUUAUGUUAAUAUUUACACGUGUUUUAUAAAUAUUGAUCAUAACAAUUGGUAUGUGGUAUGUUUCAUUCAAAUAUUAAAAGACUGCUGGAGUUUGUUUCAUACUCAUUUAAUUUGGUUUAAAGUGAUCAUACGAACUGGUAUCAAUUCCAUUUUAGCAUAUCUAUGUAAUAACAGAUCCAUUAAGAGCAAGUAUUUGUGUAAGUGUAGAUUAGAGUAGAGUCUGGUGACAUAGAACCUGACUAUGUAUGUGUCCCAAACUUUACAAGGCUCAACAGCAGUAGGGAUGUCAUCAGUUGUGGUUCCCUGGCUUGUCAGGUCCAGAUUUGAUUAUUUGUAGAGCAGAUAUUUAAACAUUUAAACAGCCAACGAACAGGGCUUUACAUAUCCUAAGCAGCCUAUGUUUGGUCUAAGUCCAUCUCAAAAAAGAAAAAAGAGGAAAGUACUUUCCAUAUGCACUAAAAUCUGUUUUCAUGUAAUGCAAUAUCGAAUUUCGAUUUAUUGGAAAAGAACAUGGACAUGUGUCGCCAAUCAUUUAUAACUGUGCAUGUGUAUUGUCGAGUCAGGUCUUAGACAACACAUAACACCUAUUCAAGCACGAAAGGUACUUAUAGAUAUAUUGAAAAAUAUAUAAAUACUCGGGGAUUUAAGUUUAACAUCAUUUUUCAGAAUAUUUGAUGUAAAAAUCAAACCGAUUCUACUGUAGAUGCUGUAAUUAUGCUAUAGACGGCGAAUAUAAUUUUCGUCUUGUAUGUCCAGCAUAUAUUACUAUAUGUAAAAUAUAUUAAAAAAUACU